AAUCCCAGGAGCCUGUGGCCCACAAAUUACUCUCGGCCUUUUGGAACAUUUAAAAAUUUGUGGCUCCAAUUUGGGGAACCGGAAACAUAUUCCAUGGCUGGAUCACCUGGCGUCAAGGAUAAGCUGAAUCUGAUUGUUGGCGGCGACAUUUGCGAGGUAUACCGGGAUGGCUUCAACUGCGGGUCCUUUGGCUUUUGGUGCGGAGUCCUCGGACUGGCCGUCUUCGUGCUUUUCCUGGGCUACUUUCAUUUAAAUCGGGAGCGAAUAGAUCCGACGGAAUGACAUCCCUAAAUUUGGACAACUUUAAAUUAAUGUG